AUGGCCGCAGCGGCGGCUUUACAUCUCAUGAAUGCUGCAAUAUUUACCCAUGAGAACCUACCAGUGACAGACAGGCCCAUGCCCAAACCAGAAGUCCAGCACAAAUUCGGCCCAAAUGUUGAGCUUCUAACCGGCGAUGGGAUAGUGCCAUUUGGGCUUGAGCUGUUGGCUAGGUCUAUGGACCAAGGCCCAAAUGAUCCAGAAUCUCAUAACGUGAAACCACAAAAAAACCUAAUCUCGGAUUUGACUAUUCAACUAUACCAACAGCUCUUCGCCACCGCCACAUCUGCCACCAUCACCGCAACCAACCACCACACCAACAACUGGCCAAAGGGUCUCCCCAUCGCCCAAUCUACCCUCACUCUAUCAACGUCACCUACUACCAUCACCCUCGUCGACACCGCCAGAUCCACCCUUCCCGCCAGCAACUCCACCUGCACCACCACGAACCCCCCCAACAACACCAAAAUAUGGAAAACCAUCACUCCAACAACCAAAACCACCUCAUCGUUGUCGUCAGAUCCACCACCACUUGUAGAACCAACAUCACCACCACCGAAUUGUAGCAGUGACAAGGGUGAAGCUGCUCUGCCACAUAGCCCCAUCGUUGCAGCGACGGAACCGGAAGAGGGAUGGGUGAAGCGCCAUACCGGGGAGAGGAGAGGAGAUGACUGCAAAUCGAGGCCCCGUUCGCCGGAGCGUCACUCCAACUACAACCGUCGAUCUGAGAGCGAGGCCCGUCGCCGGAGAGAGAUACAGAGAGGGGGGAGGAUUUUGGUUAGAAUGUGA